UUUUUUUUUAUAUUUAAUUUCUUAAGUUUUGAAUCAUAUGAGACAGGCUGAUUUGAAACUUAUAUCUUUCAAUGAAUGACCUUUUAUGGGUCAUCGUAACCUUGGGUUGUGUUCUCUGAAAUACGCCAACCAUGUCUGUCUAGUUUCAGUGAUCAAUUAUCGCAUUGCUGCUACUACUCCAUUUCACCCACUUUGGCGCCAUUCAUGUUCCUUAUUUCACUCCACCAUAACCAAUGCGCCACCACCACUGAGUGCUCUUCAUGCCCUCUCCAUCAAGAAUGCUUCCCUUCAAACUUUGAACUCGGCUAACCAUCUUUUAAAUCUCUAUGCUAAAUCCAACAACAUGGGCAAUGCCCAGAAGCUGUUUGAUGAAAUUCCCCAGAAGAACACUCAGACAUGGACCAUCCUUAUAUCUGGUUUUGCCAGAGCUGGCUCUUCGCAAGUGGUCUUUAACCUUUUCAGAGAAAUGCAAACAAAGGGUGCUUCUCCAAAUCAAUACACCUUGUCCAGUGUCUUCAAGUGUUGUUCACUUGACAACAAUCUUCAAUUGGGUAAGGGGAUCCACGCGUGGAUGCUCCGAAAUGGGGUUGAUGUGGAUGUUGCACUGGGAAACUCUAUUCUUGAUCUUUACUUGAGAUGCAAAGUUUUUGAAUACGCUGAAAGGUUGUUUGAGUUGAUGAAGGAGGGAGAUGUUGUGUCGUGGAAUAUAAUGAUCGGUGCGUAUCUGCGUGCAGGAGAUGUGGAGAAGUCGAUUGACAUGUUCAGGAACUUGCCUUACAAGGAUGUUGUGAGUUGGAAUACGAUUGUUGAUGGGUUGAUGCAAUGUGGUUAUGAAAGACGUGCAUUGGAAUUACUCUAUUGUAUGGUGGAAUGUGGGACUGAGUUCUCUGCAGUUAGUUUCUCCAUAGCUCUUAUUUUGGCUUCCUCUUUGUCACUUGAAGAGCUUGGGAGACAACUUCAUGGGAUGGUCUUAAAAUUUGGCCUUGAUAGUGAUGGUUUCAUAAGGAGUUCACUUGUUGAGAUGUACUGUAAGUGUGGGAGAACGGAUAAGGCGUCUAUAAUUCUCAGAGAUGUUCCUCUGAAUUUUCUGAGAAAAGGGAAUAUUGGAGUUACUUGGAAGGAACCAAAGGCAGGAAUAGUUUCAUGGGGUUCAAUGGUCUCUGGUUAUGUUUGGAAUGGAAUGUACGAAGAUUGUUUGAAAAUUUUCAAACUAAUGGUUCGUGAACUGGUUGUAGUGGAUAUUAGAACUGUUACAACCGUUAUUUCUGCUUGUGCUAAUGUUGGAAUUUUGGAAUUUGGCAGGCAUAUACAUGCCUACAUUCAGAAAAUUGGGCAUAGAAUAGAUGCUUAUGUUGGCUCUUCCUUAAUUGAUAUGUAUUCUAAAUCUGGUAGCUUGGAUGAUGCAUGGAUGGUUUUCAGACAAAUCAAUGAACCAAACGUUGUAUUGUGGACUUCAAUGAUAUCUGGCUGUGCACUACAUGGUCAAGGAAGGCAAGCAAUUGGUCUUUUUGAAGAAAUGUUGAAACAGGGAAUUAUACCAAAUGAGAUUACUUUUCUAGGGGUUUUAAGUGCAUGCAGCCAUGCAGGGCUGCUUGAAGAAGGCUUUAGAUAUUUUAGUAUGAUGAAAGAUGCUUAUCAUAUCAAUCCUGGAGUUGAACACUGCACUUCCAUGGUUGAUCUCUAUGGUCGAGCAGGUCGCUUAAUGGAGACAAAAAACUUUAUUUUUGAAAAUGAUAUCUCUCAUUUGACUUCUGUGUGGAAAUCAUUUUUGUCAUCUUGUCGGCUUCAUAGAAAUGUCGAAAUGGGAAAGUGGGUUUCCGAAAUGCUACUUCAAGUUGCACCAUCUGAUCCAGAAGCCUACAUUUUGCUAUCAAAUAUGUGUGCUUCUAACCAUAGAUGGGAUGAGGCUGCCAGGGUAAGGAGUUUAAUGCAUCAAAGAGGAGUCAAGAAGCAGCCUGGUCAAUCUUGGAUCCAAAUAAAGGAUCAAAUUCACACUUUUGUCAUGGGAGAUAGGUCUCACCCUCAAGACAAGGAGAUAUAUUCAUAUCUGGACGUUUUAAUUGGAAGGUUGAAGGAAAUUGGAUAUUCCCUUGAAGUGAAACUGGUCAUGCAGGAUGUAGAAGAAGAACAAGGGGAAGUACUCAUUAGUCAUCACAGUGAAAAGCUUGCAGUUGUCUUUGGCAUCAUUAACACUGCCAAUAGGAGCCCAAUUCGAAUUAUAAAAAACCUCCGCAUUUGUACCGAUUGCCAUAGCUUCAUUAAAAAUGCUUCCCAGCUUCUAGAUCGCGAAAUAAUUGUGAGAGAUAUUCAUAGGUUUCAUCAUUUUAAGCAUGGCAGUUGCUCUUGUGGAGAUUAUUGGUGACAAAGAUAAAAUAUACAAUUACCUAGUUUACAACAUAUAGUCGUGAUGCUCUGAAACCACUCAUGGUAACAUAGUGUGGUAUGUACAUCUCAACUUAACAGUCCAUGUGAUACUGCUAGUUGCAGUGGAGUAAAACAGAGCAGGGAAUCUAAGUUGUUGGUUCCAUGUUAGACUAAAUCUAUGGUUCAUAUUUUCUAUAUUUUUUUUUUUGUUUAUUAUCAGAUCCUAAUUUGCAUAUUUUUUGCUAUCAGAAGUUAGACUGACCAAUCGUUUCAAUCUUGAUAUCAUCUUAUGAUGUUUCAUCCUCUAUAUGCCUAUACAAUGUGUUGAUGCAGUAAAGCAUCAGAUCAGAUGAACGUUAUAUUCUGGGAGCUAAUCUCAA